AUGAAGGCGAUCCCACGCGGGUAUGAUGUAGUCAAGGUUCGGGACGAGGAAGCAGGCACGAAUCAUUUGUUCCUGGUGCGGCGCGACUAUACCCAGAAGAACAGUGUGCGAAUCGUGCCGAUGUACCUGCUUUCGGGACUGGGCCUUGGUACCAUCAUCCUAGGGGCCCGGAUUGCGUUUAAGAUCAGGAAGAUUGCCAAUUGA